GCAAAAGAAAAGAGUGAAAGGGGGGCGGCGAGAUUCACAAAAUCCAAAGCCCUAGAGAAGAAGCAAGGUAGCAGUAGAACGAUGGGAACUCCAGAGACUUCUAGGGAACCGUGCCCCGAUCGCAUCCUCGACGACAUCGGCGGCGCGUUCGGCAUGGGCGCGGUGGGCGGCUCCGCCUUCCACUUCCUCAAAGGCCUCUACAACUCCCCCAAAGGCGACCGUCUCCUCGGCGCCUCCCAAGCCGUCCGCCUCAACGCUCCUCGUGUCGGCGGAAGCUUCGCCGUCUGGGGUGGCCUCUUCUCCUCCUUCGACUGCACCAUGGUCUACCUCCGCCAGAAAGAAGACCCCUGGAACUCCAUCUUCGCCGGCGCUGCUACCGGCGGCUUCCUCUCCAUGCGACAAGGCCUCACUGCCUCCACACGCGCUGCGGCUUUCGGCGGCGUGCUUCUCGCUCUUAUCGAAGGUGCGGGGAUCAUGCUCAACAAGUUCCUCAGUGCUCAGCAGCCCAUGCCUAUGAUCAUCGAUGAGCCUAUGCCUCCGAACGGGUUGCCGGGUCUGCCGGGGAUGCCUGUUCCUCCUCCGGGGGCGGAUCCUGCGCCGCCGCAGAAUUCGUGGUUCGGUGGUGGGUGGUUUGGGAAGAAGGAUGAGGUUGCAGCUGGUGGUGAUGGAGGAAGUGAGACCAAGGUUUUGGAGAGCUUUGAUGCCCCUCCUGUGCCCAAUUUCGAGUACAAGUGAAUUUAAUUUUGAUGUUAUUUGUGUGCAGGGUAUAAAGUUAGGCUUGCAGGGUUGAAUAGUGAAAGUGCCUUGUAAUUCUAACAGGCAACAAUAAGAUGUUAAACGAGAGCAAGAAACCUUUUUGAUCGUUGGAGUAUGGUGCUUCCUUUAUGCGGAGGGAAGUGAGAAAAUGAUUUGUUUCACUCUUGGUUGUUAAUACUUGCCCAAAUAUAAUUUUUGUAGAAUGAUUCCAGGUCAUUGUGAUAUUAUAUUUUUACUAUGCCUUUUAGGCGUUUAUGCACCAUAAUGUAUUUAGCUUUCAGUUCUA